AUGUCCAUGCCCAUGCGUCAAGGGCCACUGCAUGCCAUUUUUGGAGGAGGAAAGGUGGCUGACAUAUUGUUAUGGAAGGACAAAACAUCAGCGGCUACAAUCUUAGCUGUGUUCACCAUAAUAUGGCUUCAACUUGAAGUACUAGAAUACCAGUUUUUAACUGUUUUUUGUGACAUCCUCAUGCUGGCUAUGCUUGCCAUUUUCGUCUGGCACAAAGGGGCACAACUAGCCAACCUAAAUUUCAGCCGGAAAAGACUUGAAAUUCCUAGUUUUGGCAAUGGUUUGUCUAUGGAUGUUUUCAGCUCUAGGAGAUUGCGUCAGCUCUGCACUCUCCUUAUCGGAACACUGCCUGCUUUGUAUGAGAGAUAUGGUGUUCCUAUCCGAGAGGUGAAGAAAUUGUUCCAAAUGUUUGAGUCCAAAGUUCUUAACAAGAUUCCAGGAAUGGGGAAAGAAAGAGUAAAUUAG